GUCCUACUCUCUUCUCUUCAUCUUGAUUUCUUCCCCUUUUCUUUACUUCCGAUGAUGGAGCAGUCCUUGCCGUCAACGUCAGGUUUUGGGCUUCCAAACCCUUCAUCUUCAUGCUACGAUGUUGGCUUCCGGUUUGUUCCCACGGACAUCGAACUGUUGCAUUGCCUCCAAACCAAGAUUCUCACUCCGAGUUAUGAUAAUCGCUUGAUUAUGACCACUGAUAUUUACAAGCACGAACCCUGGUUUCUUCCCUGGGAUCCGGUCGAUAACGUCCUCUUUCAUGGCGACGAGCGUUAUUUCUUUGUCCAAAGAAAACCCUUCUCUGGAAAGGAUACGGGGACCAGGCCCAAGCGCACCAUUGAUUCCGAACAAGGCUGGUGGAACUCCAACACCGACGACAAGCCCAUCUACGAUGAAGGAGGAAAGGUACUGGGUUACGUCAAGUCUCUCACUUUCUUCCUCAAAGACGAAACCAAGAAGCGGAAGGCCGGAAAUUGGAAGAAUCGGAAGGAAGGUGGGAUAAAAACGGACUGGAUCAUGCACGAAUACAUGCUGGAAUUAAACAAAGUCCGACAGUGGGUUCUUUGCCGUAUUCAUUACAACGGUAAGAUCCCUUUAUCCUUCUCAUCAUCACCACAGACGUCGUCGCAAUGCAGCGGAGGACCUGAUCUGCUACAAACACCACCUGAAACGUCAGAGUGCAGCGGAGGACCUGAUCCAUUGCAACUACCACCAACACCACAGGCGUUGCAUUGCAGUGGAGGACCUGAUCCAAUGCAAUUGCCACCACAGGCGUUGCAUUGCAGCGGAGGACCUGAUCCGUUGCAACCAACUGCUUCAAAGCGAGUCAAGAGUAGUGGGCCUAGGGUUCAGCAACCACAGGAAUCACAGCUCCUUGAAGUUGAACAAGAGUCCCAACAGCAACAGGAGGAGAACUAUGAACUAGUAUUGGCUGGAGUUGUCUGUAAUUCAGAAGAAGAUAUAGGCAGUUGGAUUGAUUCGCUUAUUUGUGAUCCUAUUGAAGAUUAAUUGAUAUUAUCCAUGUACAAAAAAAGGGAAAGAAUUGAAGAACUACAAUGAUCCAGUUGUAAAUCUUAUGCUUGACAUAUAUAGUAAUUGAAGAACUGAUCUCUUUAAAUAUUUCGUGUCUAUAUUUGUUCUUCUCUCUUAUCUCUUUAUUAUUGUUUGCACAAGCAAUAUUUUAGUUUCUAAAAAAUUUAAGAAAUAUCUUUUUUAGUC